AAGCAAACGACAUCGAGACGUAGUGAGAGAUUGGUUUCCUGACCCAGGGUGCCUGUAUGGACCUAUGGACUCGCAUGUUGGCUUCGUUUUGUGGCGCUUGCAAGUCGCCGUGGAGGUGGCGAGAAGAAAGCAGGAGAAGUCGGAGCAGGAGCGCGAAGCAGCAGUGAGGCUUUGCGAGCAAAGGACCGCGCAGCUUCAGGAGAUGGUCAUCCAGGCGCAACAGCAGUGCCUGCAGACCAUCCGCGACUCCGAGGCCGCAGCAGCCAAGGCAAACAUGAGGGCAGAUGCUGCAGAAGCCAGAGCGCUUCAGGCCGAGUCUCAGCUGGCCCACCUUGCUCCGAGCGAGGAGCUCCCUAUGGAAGUUCCAGAGAAGGUUUCCAUAACGGUGACCCAGGCGGAGAGUGAAGAUGCCAAGGCCCCUGCGUCGGUGGGCCCUGUGAGCCCGGGCGGCGCCGGCGCCGGGCCGGGCCCUUUGAGCCCCUCGCGCAGUGCGAGCCCUGUCGCGAGCGGGCCGAUGCUGCCGGGCAUCCUGCAGCCAGGGGCGGUGGACAGAGGCAGCUCCUCGCCAGUACCUCUCUCGCCGGCCUCCCACCGCUCCGAGAUCGAGAAGAUGUUGGAGGAGCCGCCGGAGGAGGACGAGACCAAGAAGGAUGUGAAGACGCUUUUUGUCCAGUGUUUCAAGGAUGACCUUUUUCAGGAAAGGCAGCUGCUGAUGUCCCAGAUCAACAACCUUUUCAAGCUUCGGAACAAUGGCGAGGCAUUGCAAUACAAGGAGGCGGGGUACGAGAAGCUCCACAACUUCCUUACGGACAUCCCGGGCCUGUCGCUGAUCGGCGCGGGGAAUCGGAUGGAGUUGAAGCUGGGGGACCGGGACUCCUUCGAGCAGUUCUGCGACGACCUCCUCGAAGGCCGCGAGGAUCUGCCCAUCUUCGACCAGCCGAAGCCGGUGCCGGAGAGCUUUCAGCACAAGGUCAUUGAGGUCUUCCGCCGUUGCGGAAGUCGGGAGAUCCCCGCGAAGAAUUUCCGAGACAUGUGGAACUGCUUCUUCCCCCACGAGAAGCUGCAGUGCAAGGACUACGGCUACCGUGACGUGAAGGGCCUAUUGGCCAACAUCCCGGUGGUGGAGAAGGUGGGAGGCAAGAAUUCCACCAAAUACGUCCUGAAGACCGACGUUGACUUUGUGAAGGAGAAGGAGCCUCGUGAAGUGGAGGAAGGCAGAGUCCCGCAGCGCUUGGACAUUGGCAACCUCGUGUCCGGCGAGUUUAAACCGGACACCAUGCAGCCUGCAAUCAUCUCGACUGGCCUAUCCGGUGUCAAGCUUGAUAGCGAUAGCUCCGAGCCUUCGAGGCUUGUGAGACAGGCCCAGGCCCCUGGGAAUUGGGGCACUGGCCCGGCGCAGGCCUGGGACUACGGCUGGCAACAGGAUGCCGGCAGUCGCGUGCCUCCGAGCAUGCCUCCCUUCCUGGGCGCUGCGGAUCUGCAGUCGCAGUACAGAGUGAACGCGCAGCAGCAGUACUUGCAGCAGUCUCACAUGCAGCUGCCUAUGCAACAGCCGCUGCUGGACAUGCCGUCCGUGGCGGAGAGAACGCGCAGCACGCCUCAGCCGCAGCACGACCCUCGCUAUGGGCAGCAGAUGCAAGCGGAGGAGCUCAUGCGACUUCAGCAGCAGGUGCAGCAGCGGCUGAUACAGGAGCAGCAGCGACAGCAGCGGCAGCUGUUGCAGCAACAACUGGAGACAAUCCACCGGCCCCCUGCACCCGCGGCAACCUCCUUCCCCUCGCAGCUGAGCCGAGAGCAGUAUCAGCCGCCGCCACAAGACCACCUGCAGCCCUACUGGGGUGCCCAGCCAGGCGACAAGGAUGCAAGCUGCCCCAGGAGUACUGGGCAAGAUGUGCAAGCCAAAGGGCCAGAGCAAAUCGAUCAGGCGCCCGCAGGUGAGGAUGCCAGCUUGCACCUCGACCUCUUGCUUCGGGCAUCUUCCAAGAGCCUGGACGAUGCUGUUCCGCGGCCAGCUUUUGAGGACAGCCCUGCGACAGUGCAGACCCGGGCCUCGAGGCUGGACCGACCGCGGAAGUCGGCCAGUGCCUUUGUGACGUCUCCGGCCACCUUGCGCAACGCUGAUGAAGAUACGAUUCAUCAGUCCAAGUUCGAUGUGGGCUCCCUUUACCAGGGUCACCUGGAGACGCUGCAAAACGACCGGAACUGCAUGCUGGUCCACUUUGCGAAUGGGAGGAUCUUGUUCUCCAACGCCUGCUGCGAUAGGUUAUUUAGCCCGCUGACGCCGUUGCGACACCGGGAGGUCACGGAGAUCAUCGCAGAGGAGGAUCGGGUGAACUUCUCCUCACGAAUCAUGUACCUCAGCAUCGGUAAGUUCACAGUGAUGGAGAAGUCCACCUUCAAAAUCAUCACGGCCAAGGGGGUGGUUCCGGCGAACAUCUUCGGAGAGCACCUGAUGGGGAGUGUGUGGUGGAUGGACUGCGAACUCCUGGAAGACGAGGAGGAGGAAGCCUAAGGCGUCCGGUCGAAAUAUCCGGCGGAAAAGGCGGACGGAAGGCGGAUGGUGAAGCUGAGUGGCAGCAGCAGUGCCGGAUUUAGAGACUGACCUGGGGAAUACUCCUGGUUUUGGCUGAAGA